AUGAAUUUCCGCGUGUCCUGGUUGUCGGUCGGCGCGCUGCUGGCUACAACAACAAAUGUCUGUGCAUCACCAAUCGAUAUGUUGAACCUAAUAGCCCCCAAAGCCACGCCUGUUCCAUCAAGCGACACCGGCGACGUCAAAUCACAACCUGCCUUAUCACCACGACGCUAUUCCUACGGCAACGACGACUACGGCGAUGAUGGCAAUUCCACCCGGUCAAUACUCAUCGGGGUAAUGAUUCCAGUUGCGGCUAUCAUAAUUUGCGUGAUUGUAGUUUUGGCCGUCAAAGCUCGCAAAGGGGAACCCCGAAUACCCGCUACAAUUGCGAGGGGUGUUCUCCCUUUAAAUAAUCCCAAUAAUCGCGCCCAGAGAACGAGUAUCAACCAGCCUCGACGGCCACCGACCGCUACUCUGCCUCCAUAUACACCCGGGAAUACGACGACAAGAUCUGCCCCGCCUGAGCCCGCGAUAACAGCAGUCCGUGCUGCCCAGGCUGUCUCUGCAGACCCCGGGCAAACGACAACGAGAACUGCUCCGCCGCUGGUGCCGAUGAUCAUGAUUCCUGCGCCGAGUUAUACUCCAGGUACAACUACUACAACACCUAGACCUGAGACACCUGCCGAUACAACAUCCAGCCCUAUGAGAUCUACCGCCGCACUGCUUCCGACGAGAACAUCCUCUCCCCGCCCCUCUAGCGAUACAGCAUCUAUAUCUCCCCCUGAUACCACGACCUCCAUGACGACUGCUUCCAGAACUACAACCAGGGCCGCUCCGCCUCCUCCUCCGGAUCGAGUUGGAACGCCACCGCCGCCAUAUUCGCGGGAUCCGGUAUAA